GAGCUCGCUUGUCGCUGCGGUAGCAAUGGAUGCGAGGUUACGUCGCCCUGUUACAGCGGUAUAAACAUAGCAAGUACGUCGCAUUUGCGAUCAUGUUACCGUGUUAGAAUCGACGUUAGAUCAACGAAGUCGUUAUCUGCGAGAUGGCCGAGACCCCCUUGAGUUUGGGCGAGAAGACGUUUAUUAUUCACGGAGUCGACCUUAAUCUGAGAAAUGACGGACGGUCCAGGUGUCAGUACCGUUCAAUCGAGAUCGAAACCAGGUUGAUGAAGCACACGCACGGAUCGGCGAGAUUACGCCUAGGCAACAUCACGGACGUAUUAGUGGGCGUGAAAGUGGAGAUCGACACCCCGUACGCCGAGAGACCGGAUGAGGGCAAAUUGGACUUUUUCGUAGACUGCUCCGCUAACGCCACACCAGCGUUCGAGGGCAAAGGCGGGGACGAUCUGGCGACCGAGAUAAGUAACAUCCUUUCUAUGGCUUAUCAGACGCCAGAUGCCUUCGAUUUCAAGCAGCUGUGCAUUAUACCUCAUAAGAAGUGUUGGAAAAUAUACGUGGACAUUUUGAUUCUUCAGUGCGGCGGGAAUCUAUUCGACGCCGUGGGCGCUGCGGUGAAGGCGGCUUUGUACAAUACUGAAAUUCCGAGGGUGAUCACAGCAACGCUGGACGGUGGCGAACCGGAUAUCCAGGUGUCGGACGAUCCUUACGACUGUAUCAAACUGGAUGUCACAAAUUAUCCGUUGGUAGUAACAGUAUGCAAGAUUGGAGACAAUUUCGUGAUAGAUCCAACGUCGGAAGAAGAAACCUGCAGUAUGGCUAGUGUCCUUAUGUCCGUGAUGCCGAACGGCAAGGUGACGUCUGUGGUCAAGCUGGGAUACGGCAGCUUGCUGCCUAGCACCUUUAUCAAGAUGUUGCAGGUCGGAAAGGAUAUCAGUCUCAAGCUAAACGAAGAACUUAUGAGAGGACUGGAAGAGGAAAGUAAGCUCGGCCAAACGAAACCAAUAUUUGGUUUUCUUAGAUAGUAACGCGCGCGAUACGUUGUCGUAGACUUUGAAAGGUACGAAUAUUUUUUUUCGAAUUCUCAACUGUGGACUUGUUAAGCUGCGCAACACUUCUCGUUAUUUAGCUAUUAACGGUCCCCCAAACUCGUGAAGUAUUUUUGAUACUUGCGAAAUUUUAUAAAGCUGCAAUAGCAUACUUUUUGCUACGGUGUAAAAAUAGUUGUGUGUAUGUGUGCGUGCAACUUUGCAUAAUUUAAAAAUUAUCACGGACUUUAGAUUUAAAAAAACCCUUCGUGAGGCCCUUUGUGAAAGAAAUGUGUACGUGUAAUGGAAGAGCAAUGAAUCAGUCAAAUAAAUGAUACCAGAGCCAUGUGUAUAGAUUUCAACUAUAUACUAUUAUUUUUUAAUUCAAUAAUAAUUGUCCCGUCUUCUAAUUCGGGCAAGUACAUAAAAAUCUCUUAAAACUUCGAUAAUUUCGGACUCUGAAGUUUAACAGCGCUCAUUUACCGACUCUGUAUGACAUACUUUUAUUAUUUCUUUCAUUUUUCUAUAUGGAAAACUCGCCCGAGGCGCAUUCAACAAUUCGUUCUUUAAUCAUCAACAUGAUUAAUCGGUCUCCGCUUGCUUUGAUUACAUCUAGACAGGCGGAUAACUGAGUGUACGACAAUCAAAGUCGAUAAAUGGCGCGCGCGCGAUAAGAUCGGCUUGCCCGGUGAAUAUACAGAAGUAACGCCUUCUCGUCCACAAGAAUUAACAUUGAGAAAAAUAAUUUCUGACGCGAUCGUUUCAAUAGCAUUCCUUUGUUUUACAGUAGGAUAUUCUUACGGUCGUAUAAAUAUCCUCCAUGAAGUCAGUUCGUUUAUAUAAUGGGCAGGGAAGCGGGAAAAUUCGCACGAAGCUCGAGCUGUGAUAACGAAAUCCGUUGUUUCAUUUCUUCUCUUUUUUUUUCAACGAACCUUAAAUAGAGUGGCUAUUACAAUGAUUAUGUUGAAAGUAGUGCUGAAAGUAGUGAAAGAUAUCUUUUCUUUUUAGUUUCUUAUAAAUAUUCUGUUCUUAUACACAGCGUUUUUCUUCCUUUUACGGAUUUGUUAAUAGUUUAUACAGAGGUCCUAGCAUAAGUAAUUCUUACAAGAUAAUAGAAUCGUUCUCUAGUGUGUGUAAUCGUGUGUGUAGUUACAAGUUCGUCAACGUAUAUAUAAUAUAUAUUUAAUAUCAUUGUUACUUCCGAGAAAAUCGGACGUCCGAGUUUAACAGCGGUGACAUCGUCGAGUGACAUGUAGGAACCUCCCUUUCACACAGACACACACAUACACACGUACGCACGCACGCACGCACAUUCUCUCUUUCUCUCUCUCUCUCUUUCUCUCUAACUCUCGUUUGUAAAUUGCAAACAAUUGAACGUGACGAGAACCGAGGAUCGCAUCUUUACAUGGCCACCAACGCGAAAUUACUCUGGCGUGUAAAACAGUUGCAGAUGAAUGCAUUCGUCAUUGUAUUGUGCGGCGCAUUUAAGCCGGAAACUGAUUGUAAGUAAAUUAUAAAACGCCA